AUGUAUAACUACGAGAUCUCCCCGUCCGCUGUCGAUCUGUCGUUUUCUCAGGUUCUGGAAGCUCGUAGCGCGUUGCACCAGCAGCAACAGCAACGGCGCGGCAGUUCUCAAGCUGCUUUCGGUCUUAACUCUCCAACCAGUGCCGCUCCAGCGCGGCCAUGCACGCACGCAUCGACUCUAUUGACGUACGACGACUCACGACCGCCUGUCUAUGGUCACAAUGGCAUGCUCGACUCGGUCUACGAAGGCAGUGAAGAUAUACUGGAAGAACAGGACGAGUUUGGUACAAGAGCAGAAAUGGGUACAAGAGCAGAAAUGGGUGCAAAAGUUCUAGACAGGGACAAUAGCACUACUGGAUGCUCCCUACCCAGUGAUUGGACUAAUGGAGACGACGGACAGUUUGGGCCAGACAUGUACCGGUUCGUACAGCCCCGACGAUUGUCGUCGUGGGUCCAGGAUGACGCUGUGUGUGCGUGUUUCAAGUGCCACACGGUCUUCUCCUUGCUCGUUCGCAAGCACCAUUGCCGCGCGUGUGGCCGCAUCUUUUGCUCGACGUGUUCGAGUCAACGGGUUGUGAUCCCCGGCGACUACGAGGCCACGCCCGUGUCACCCGCGUACAACUCGUUGACGACGAAUGCCAGUGACUUGAUUGGCAACAUUAGUUGGUACUUGACGUCGUACUCGGGUCCGCACGCAACAACGGCAGGGACCGAGUGGAGUGAAGUAUCGACACGAUCGCCCUUUUCACAGUCGCGCGCGACGUUCAAGUCGAUGGAUUUGACACGCGAGAAGCAGCAGGAACGGUUCUUGAUGGACGUCCAAAGACUGCAGGAAACAGGCGCCAUCAGCAAAUUUACGCCGAAUCGUGCGAGGACUGGGAGUAGUAGUUCGUCGUCUCCUCUAGCCAGCAGUGGAGCUUUGCAGGUAGCAAACACACACCAGUCGGUGUAUAUACCAGACAACAGUGUUCUGCAACGAGUGUGUGACGAUUGUGCAUGUGCACUCCAGCAGCGACGACAUCACUACAACACUGUCAAAGUAUUUGAACUCUGCGAGUUCGACUUGCAGGAAUUACGGACGCUCGGCCAAGUGUGUCGCAAGUGGCAUCGUGCAACAAUUAUGUGCCUGUCCAUGUUCCGCCAGAUACAGUACUAUUUACCCACACAUCGCUUGUCCGAGCGAGAAAGGAGGAUGCUGAUUCUGAAUCGGAAGUUCCUCGGCGGUCACACAAAGUGGCUAUUGCAACUCGUGAAAGCCGUCGACUUCUCGGCAGAGGAUGAGACAGAGUGCAUUAUCGCCAAUAAGACUAUUGACAAUACUGGAGAACGUGCUAGUGCAAGGCGAAGGCACGAAGUAAAUGUCAAGCUGGUGAACGAGGUGAUAGGACUGUUGCAACAGGAGCGCAAGCACAAGUGUAUGUUAACUAUGUGCUCACGUUUGUGCAAGCCACAAAUUUGUAGCGUUGACGCACUGGAAAUCCUCGCAGAUGAGACGAUUUGCAAUCAUCGGCUGCGUGCGUUGGCUACUGACGCCUUGCUGAAGUCUGCAACGGAUAAUGAAUGGUGGAGCUACUUGCAAGUACUCUUGCACAGCCUGAGUGUGGAGUCAAACGUGGUUGGCUGCAAGCUUGGUAAAGCCCUGAUCCGUCAAGCUCAGUGCGACAUACGCUUUUGCUACGAUUUGUAUUGGGGACUUACGGUCAUGGCCGAAGACCCAAGUUGUCGCCGCAGAUUUGAUGGCAUGAAGCAGCGACUGCUUCUUGCUUUGACGCAGUUUGAGAAUGCAUCUGCACCUGUCCACCUGGUCGAGUCACGGAAUUUUGCUAGCGACGAUAUAGCAGAGCAGCUUCUUCGAGGCCAGGAGUUAGUGGAUAUGAUGUGGAAGAUUCCACCACGCGUUCCAGUCGAAGACGCGCGUAGGAUCUUGUGUGCAUUUAUACAGAAGUCAUCCCUGCGAACGUGGAUGGAUGGCAAAAUGUCUAACGACUCAAGUCAAUCAAGAACGGAUAGAGGACAAGAAUGGCCUCUGUUACGAUUACCUGUUGAUCCACAUGUGAAGGUAUGUGGAAUCGACUACGAGAAGAUAGAGGUGAAACGAAGUGCGGAGGCACCCAUUGUCAUCACAUGCACGGGGGUCAACCGCGAAGAAGAGGAGGCUGAAGACUCUGCGAACGCUAGGGCUAAAUCUCAGCGGAGCACAUGGAGUCGACGUACUCUAGAGCUGCCUCACUAUCGGUUCAUGUACAAGCGGGAUGAUCUUCGGAAAGACGAGAUCGUUCAGAACAUUAUCAAUGUCAUGUAUUUGAUCUUGAAGCAAGAGACUCGGCUCGAUAUUCCCCUUGUGACGUACCGUGUGCUACCGACGAGUAGCUUUGACGGGCUCAUCGAGAUUGUGGAGAAUGCACACACACUCUACUCCAUUAUCCGAGACCAUGGCACAAUUUUGAACUUCCUGCACCAUUAUAACGGCCAUCGCACGCUUAGCGACAUUUCUUCCGCGUUUAGGGAGAGCCUUGCUGCGUACACGGUUAUCACGUUCUUGUUGGGUGUGGGGGAUCGACACGCCGACAACGUCAUGUUGACAAAGGAUGGGAACUUGUUUCACAUCGACUACGGUUUCAUCCUGGGCAAGGAUCCAAAGCCGCUCCAGCCCCCAAUGAGAUUAGACCACUAUAUGAUCGAGGCUCUUGGAGGCAUGCAGACACAGCAAUUUGAGCAGUUUAAGCAGCUGUGCGUGAUUGCGUUCAACUGUUUGAGGAGGCACGUGAGUUUGUUUAUGAUUAUGCUCACGUUGGUGGUGAAGGCGCUUCCGGAGAUCACGGACUUUGGAGUGAACUACACUCAAAGUGACCUUGAGGCCUUUGUCAUUGAACGUUUCCUGCCAGGUCAAUCGGACGACGAAGCAGCUACGGCGCUGAUGUUGCGAAUGGAAGGGAAGUUAAAUGAACGAAUUGGUAUGAAGCUCAGUGACUUUGUGCACGCUCAUUCGAACGAAAAGACCGUGUCGAAAGGAAUGACAUCUGUGGGCUCGUCUGUCAAGAUUGGCGUUGAAGCCGUGGAAGCUACAGUAUCUACCGUCGCGAGCUCACUCACCAGUGGUGCUUCUUCAAUUUACAAGUAUAUGUGGGGUGGGCUAGAACGAUAA